GCAGUACUAGUGCGCGUACGGUUCGUACUACUCAAAAGACGUAACAGUUGAAAACCUCAAAAUUGAAGUUUUUGGAAAAAUUUUCGUGGAUUUGGUGCGGUUGUGCGCCUAAACUCAAGAUGGUAAAGCUUCAAGAUCAAUUUCUCGUUGGGAUAUUUCUGCUCGAAUUACUACUAUAUGGAAUUGAGUCCUUAGAUUUCUGCUUCAAUGCCAGUCUUGAAGGUUUCCGCCUCAACAGUUUUGUUCUGAAAAAGACAGAUGUUUCGAGCAAAAUUAAUUGUAUACUAUCGUGUGUACAAGAGCCAUGUUGUAGAUCCCUGAACUACAGGGAAAGAUUACCGCAAGGACAGACUAGCCUUUGUGAGAUGUUACACGAUGUCAUCUAUAAUACCUCGGCAGAGUUGCAGAAGAAUCGCUUUUACGAUUACGUCUAUUUGAAUGCGCCGAUUAAGGAAUAUAAUGGCAGCUGCAUUGAUGAGAAAGUCAAAGCAGCGAAUCCAGGAAAUUUUGAUCUGAAUUUUCCAUCGAAAAGCGUGGACAGCUUUAUCUUGCAUGACAACAAUGUGCCGGAGAUGUCCAACAUAACACUUCUGUUUUGGAUCAACACAUUGGACGCAGAGGAAAUGACCGUUUUAUCUUACGCUGUGGAUGAAAAUGACAAAGAAUUUACACUCGCGGUGAUGAGAGAAAAGAUAAUACUUCGAGUUCAAUCGUCAGAAAAGCAUUUUUAUGUGCCACCAAUCAACGACGGCUAUUGGCAUCACGUGGGGGCAUGGUGGUCUCUUGGAGAAUAUGCUAUAUUCCUUGACAGUACAUUGGUCUACAGUGGAGACCACCUUGGUUCGAUGGUACCAUUGAAAGCUGGUGGUAUCUUCGUGAUAGGUCAGAAACUACAAAGCACAACUGGUACUUUCAAUAGUUCAUUCUCUGGCAAACUGAGCCAAUUGAGUGUAUGGAGGGAUUUUCACAGUUCUGUUGCUGAUCUUGCUAGGAAAUUCACAAACAGAAAUUGUUCAAAUAAUGCAUUUGGAGAUAUCAUCAACUGGAGUUCUCUUAAGCACAGCUAUAGUGGCAUGAUCGUUAAAGAACAGCCAAGUUUGUGUAAGCCACUUAGAAAAAACCCGAACUAUGACAUUACAGUAUCCGUCAAUAGUUAUCUGAAGGACGUAAAGUUGGAAAAUAUCACAAGUCUUCGGGCUUUCACAAUCGCAACGUGGAUAAAAUGCGAAGCAAGGUCGUUGGAAACACAAUCUGUGAAAUUUUUUGAGUACACAAUCAGUGCGGGAGAAAUCCGCUUGCUUUCAUUUAACCUCGGGAUGGAAAUUCUCACCUUAGAAAUAAAUGGAGAAAAGAUCAGAGAAGCAAGGAUUCCAUGGUUUUGGAAUGAAUCUCCAGCGUACUGGCAUCAUAUUGCUACAUCGUGGUCCAAUGAUACAGGCCACUGGACGAUAUAUUUGGAUGGGUCCUUGGUUUCUAUCAUGCAUGAUGUAGUUUCACAUAUUACAAUUCCUGCUGGAGGACAACUUCUCUUAGAUGGAUACACGAACGGUAGUUCGCAAAGCAGACUCAAUAUAUGGAACUAUGAAAUUGAUGGACAUGUUUUAUCAUUAAUGGCAAACAAAGGACCAUUGUUUGAAAACGGUAAUGUCCUUGCCUGGUAUGAAAUAAAGUCAAAGUUUGAACCAGGUAUUGACUUCCAAGAAACACCAAGUGAUCUACGAAAUUCCCGGGCAGAGGCUGUGUAUCAGAUGGAUUUCUUUUCCGAGAAGUCAGUCGAAAACUACGUCAGGAUAGAAAACAUUUUUAAAGAUAAAAUUACAGUCUUUUCCGCUUGUUUUUGGGCAAGGUUUUUCGCACCAGAAAGUUCUUUACUUGCCUAUUCAAGUGCAACACAAAACUCUGAGUUUGGAGUCUAUUUUUAUAGAAACUUUGCAUUAGGCCUUGUCAUCGCCGGCAAGUGGGACCAUACACGACCUGUCAUCUCUGCAUACGAUUCGUGGCAUUUCUAUUGCAUACAGUGGAGGAGCGAGGGUGGUUUGAUCGAGAUUUACAAAGAUGGGAAAUUGCUAGGAACAUCCUACGAAACGGCGAACGCCUACUGGAUCCCCCCCAACGGUAUCAUGGUUCUUGGUCAGGAAAUGGAUUCUCAUGGCGGGACUUUCCAAAGCAGUCAGGCGUUUAAAGGAAGCCUUGCAGGGUUGAAUCUCUGGCGGCAAUUUUUAACAGCUAAUAUUAUUCAAGGAAUGGCAUCUGGAAUCAUGAAUGUCAACGGGGAUCUUUUUCAAUGGAGAGAUUUCAGAAUUCAUUUGUUUGGUAGCGUCGCCAUACGGAAUGGAUCUGAAGCAGAGAUUCCAGAAUAUCGAGUACAGAAUCUGCGAGACAAGUGGUGCGUUUCCAAAGCGUUUACUUUUGCCAGAUUUAUUCGCGGCCAGGACAAGGAUGGUGGUUACAAGUGGAGAUGCGUUGAUCCAGCGGCCAUGUUGGAUGAGAAUAUGUGUUACGACAUCGCUAAAAAUUCAUCAUUGACCUAUACCACGGACAUGAUACAACUUCUGCAAAUUAAUUGAAAAAUUGUAUUGAAUCCACGAAUAGUAUUGAACUAGAAUAGUCGAAAGGCUACCUGCACCUGCAUGAAACCAUAAUUUAGCCGUGUUUUUCGGUCAGAAUUCCAGUCAGGGAAAUGAUCUUCAGGACCGUAUCGGACAGAAAAGUUUCUUUUAUCAGUUGUGUUCUCAACCAAAACUAAUUGUGUU